GGUCCUUUGGCUUCGCGCUUAGCGCACCGGCCGGGGUCGCACCGAGGUUGCUGGGUGUUGGUUGUUCCGUCUGCUUCAGUAUUGGAAAAGCAGUUUGAGCUUUUUGUUCUGGAAGCUGUGCAUCACCAUGAGGCUUGUCAUUCUUGAUAACUAUGACCUGGCUAGUGAAUGGGCAGCGAAGUACAUCUGUAAUCGCAUCAUUCAGUUCAAACCUGGACAGGACAGAUAUUUUACACUGGGUUUACCAACAGGGAGUACACCUUUAGGAUGUUAUAAAAAACUAAUAGAAUAUCACAAGAAUGGAGACCUUUCUUUUAAAUAUGUAAAGACCUUCAACAUGGAUGAGUAUGUAGGACUUCCCAGAAACCAUCCUGAAAGCUACCAUUCUUACAUGUGGAAUAACUUUUUUAAGCAUAUUGAUAUAGAUCCUAAUAAUGCUCAUAUCCUUGAUGGAAAUGCUACAGAUUUACAAGCAGAAUGUGAUGAAUUUGAAAAAAAAAUAAAAGAAGCUGGAGGAAUUGAUCUUUUUGUUGGAGGAAUUGGUCCAGAUGGUCAUAUUGCUUUCAAUGAGCCAGGAUCCAGUUUAGUAUCCAGGACAAGAUUAAAGACUCUGGCAAUGGACACCAUUUUGGCAAAUGCUAAAUAUUUUGACGGUGACUUAUCGAAAGUGCCAACUAUGGCUCUAACAGUUGGUGUGGGGACAGUGAUGGAUGCCAGAGAAGUAAUGAUCCUCAUUACAGGAGCACACAAGGCAUUUGCUCUGUACAAAGCAAUAGAAGAAGGAGUCAAUCACAUGUGGACUGUUUCAGCCUUUCAGCAGCAUCCCCGAACUAUUUUUGUGUGUGACGAAGAUGCUACUUUAGAAUUAAGAGUAAAAACUGUGAAAUACUUUAAAGGUUUAAUGCAUGUGCACAAUAAACUUGUGGAUCCACUAUUCAGUAUGAAGGAAGGAAAUUGAAGGAGAUUGGAGCCAAAUUCUGCUUGAAUGAACAGGACACUUUCAUUAGAUGAAUUUUCAGCUAUGCAAUAUGAUAAAAUGGGAAUUUUUAAGACUGUCAUUUUUGAAGUCCAAUAUCUAUGUGUUAAACAUUCCAUAUUUAGAAUGUCCAUUUUAUAGUAGGAUUUAGAUGAAACUGGCUUUCCAUUGAAUGGUUGUUAUCAUGAAGUACUGAAGCCUGAGACACCCUUUACAACAGCACAGAGAUUAAAUACCUGCUUGUUUAAAAGUUUUAAGUCAUUUUAAAGAUAACAGUUCUGUACAAGUACUAUUCAUGAUUUCCAUGGCAUUCUUAGAUUUUUAUUUUUAAAACACACAAAGUUACUCUCUGAGCCUCCAGUUAUCAAACUAUUAUAGCAGACUUUUACUUUUGGAACAUUUGUUUUCUCUGCAUUACACACAAGCUUUCUGCACGUGGAAGCCUUAGUUUAUUUUCCUGUAGUAACAUUUGGACAUUAAAUGUCCUGCUACAUAUCAUUGGUACAGAAAAUUAGGAGAUGACAGUGCCUAAAAGUAUAGUUUAUGUCUUUUUGGAAAGUAUGUAUAAGUGCAUGUUUUUUGCACCUUCUUCUAUAGCACUUUUUUACAAAUGUGCUUAUUUUUAUUUAAUGACUUGGGUUCCUGCUCUUAAUAUAAAUAUUUUGGCAAUUAUGAGCUUUAUACCUAGUAACAUACUUAAGGAAAUUCUUUUGAAGAAAAUUUUCCAGUUGUUAAAUUUCAUAAAUGAUUAGCUAUAUUCCUUAUAUAUAGGUAUGUCUAAAAGGAUAAGAUGAAAUUAAAAUUUAUAUAAAAUUACUGUAAACUAUUUUAAAUUGCCAUAACUUGCAUCAUUAAACUGUAAAUAAGUUCUUAUUUAACUCAAAUAAAGCUUAUUAAUAAACAACUGUUAUCUAAAAUUUAUUUCCAGAAAUUAAAAGAACACAUGUAUCCAAAAAACUCCAUCCAAUAAUUAGUAAUAGCUGAAUCUUCAUUUUGUGUGUUGCUAUCAUACAAUUAGUUUCUAGCUGAAAGACUUGCUGCCUAUGAUGCCUUAGUCUUGUUCCACAAGGAGUGAAAAAUAUUCCUUUAUUCUGCAUAUUUAGCAUUUUA